AGACAGAAUGAGUCUACCCUGAGACAGUCGCGCAGCAUUCAGCUCGAUCUCGCAGUCCUGUCCUGGCGUCCCGUACUCUUGAAGUUUCUCAGUGAAAAACAGACCGCUCCCGUUAAUUGAAGCAUCGGCAAAACUGGAUACAAGUUCAAGAGAAGUUUCGUGAAGUGAAAGCACCCCUUUUUUUGUUGGACAAAAACUCAUCUGUUUUACAAUGAGACUCUCGAUAGUGAUAUUUUUUUCUUUAUACGGCGUUUUCGGUGGACAACCCAUAGAGCAGAUGUCAUUGGAGGAGUGCUGUAAGGAUGGCCAUGAGCGGGGAUUACUGAAGCAUGACUGUGCCUCCCUCCCACUCAUCUCAGAGUCCACAACCUGCAGAAUAGCGCAGGAGCAGUGCUGCAUGUCGGUGCUGGAGAACACCUCCUGCAACAGUGGCAUCAACAUGGCCAAAGACCAGGGUGCCUGCGAGGCCCUGUUCUCCGACAGCCCCUGCGAGACCAAGACCGCUAAGAUGUGCUGUGACUGUUGCCUGCUGGGAAAAGCAGCGCAGGAGCGCGGCCUGAGCUGUGACACCAGCCUGUCUGUGGGGUACCAGUGCGGCCAGGUGUCCCGGGCCUGCUGUGAGGACGGGUCCUCUGACACCCCUAAAGACACCCAAGCACCCGCCCCUGGGAAAGUCUCUCCCGGUGAGACCGAUGACCCCCUCCUGACUGAUGUGUGCAAAGGGGCUGGGAACUGCGCCCAGCGUUGCCAGGGCAACGGCACCUGCAGCUGCUUCGAAGGGUACAAACUCAAACCGGACAAGCGCAGCUGUGAAGAUAUUAACGAGUGCCUGGUGGGGUCCCAUCGCUGCCGCAUGGGUGAGCGCUGCAUCAACACGGUCGGGUCGUUCCGCUGCCAGCGUGAGGUCAGUUGUGGAACCGGCUAUGAGCUGACCGACAACAACAACUGCAAAGACAUCGACGAGUGCCAGAUCGGGAGCCACAACUGCGCGGCGCAGCUCGAGUGCCAGAACACGCUGGGGUCGUUUCGCUGCCGGCCGCGCUCCACCUGUGGCAGCGGCUUCGUCCAGGACGCCAUGGGCAGCUGCAUCGAUAUCAACGAGUGCCUGAGCCAGACCGGUCCCUGCAAGCCGGGCGAGAGCUGCAUCAACACCGUGGGCUCCUACACCUGCCAGAGGAACUCCCCCAGCUGCGGCCGGGGCUACCACCUCAACGAGGCCGGCACCCGCUGCGUGGACAUAGACGAGUGCAAGGGGCCCGGCGGGCCCUGCGAGGGACACGGCUGCAUUAACCUGGUCGGGUCCUUCCGCUGCGAGUGCAGGACCGGCUACAGCUUCAACAGCAUGAGCAGGGUCUGCGAAGAUAUCAACGAGUGCAGGCAUUAUCCAGGACGCCUCUGUGCACACAAUUGUGACAACGUCCUGGGGUCCUACAAGUGCAGCUGUAUGCCGGGCUUCACACUUUCCCUGGAUGGCAGGAACUGCGACGAUCUGAACGAGUGCGAGAGCAGCCCCUGCAGCCAGGAGUGCGCCAACGUGUACGGCUCCUACCAGUGCUACUGUCGCCGUGGAUACCAGCUCAGCGACACGGACGGCAACACCUGCGAAGAUAUCGAUGAGUGUGCUCUACCCACCGGCGGCCAUAUCUGCUCCUACCGCUGUCACAACUCCCCAGGGAGCUUCCACUGCACCUGCCCGACCCCGGGGUACACCCUGGCCCCCAACGGGCGCAGCUGCCAGGAUGUAGACGAGUGUGUGACAGGACUGCACACCUGCCUGGAGACGGAAAGCUGCUUCAAUGUCCAGGGGGGCUUUCGCUGCCUGUCCUUCGAAUGCCCCCCCAACUACCGCCGUGCGGACGAACCUCGUUGCGAACGCUUUCCUUGCAAUCAGACUAGCGAGUGCCUGGCCUUGCCUCUGAGAAUAACCCACUACUACCUCACGUUCCCCACCAAUGUCCCCGUGCCCGCCAACGUCUUCCGCAUGGGCCCCUCCAACUCCGUCCCCGGCGACGUCGUCCAGCUGGCCAUCGUCGGCGGCGACGAGGACGGCUUCUUCGGCACGCAGAAGCUGAGCUCCGGCGGCCUGGUGGUGCUGCAGAAGCCCGUCGCCGAGCCCCGCGACUUCCUGCUGUCCGCCGAGCUGAAGCUGCAGCGCUACGGGACCGUCAGCUCCUACCUGGCCAAAAUCCACGUCUUCGUCACCCAUGACCAGUCCCGUCUCCCCCACAGCCUCUCCCCGCUCUGAAGAUCCGUUUAGCUGUGCCCCCCCCCCCCCCACCCCCCCCCUUUUUUAUGAGUUUAAUUGGUCUUUUCCAUGUUGUAUACUAGUCCUUGAACAGGUCGCAUGUGUUUUAUAAUCAUAUAGGCCACUAGAUGGCGCCAUAGGACCAUGUAAGACAUUGCGAUCACAUGACCUGCAGUACCCCCCAAUAUUUUAUAAGCCUUUUGAAUUGAAUGUGUAAGGCUGUAGCAUAUAUAUGUAUAUAUAUACAUGCAUACAUAUAUAAUAGGGCUAUAUAUAUUGUCAUCUUUAAUUGUAUUUUUUUCUAUUAAAACUAAAACUAGACUCUACACAUAUGCAAAUCAGUUUACUCACAUUUCAUGAAUUCUUUUGCCAUUUCACCUGAAACUCAUAUUUUUUUGUGAUCUGACACUAUGAACAAUAUGCAUUUGUUUUUUGCUAACUGUCCUUUUAAAAAUGAAUGAGCAAAUUAAUUGAGUGGAGGGUUGAUUUGGAGGCCGGGGUGACUCUAGGUCAUGACACUGGAAGGCUCCGGAAGUUUCUAUUCAUAUUCAGGCCUCAUCACUCCAGUGCCUUGUGUGGCCAGGAGUCCUAUGAGGUGGUGCAGAGUUGGCAUUCAGUGUUGCCCAGGGCAGGGAGACCGUUGGGUUUUUCGGCUUCAGGGUUAACAGAGACGGUGGCCUGCUGUGUGCGUUUGGGUUAGUUGUGCAUCUCAUUGGGGCGGGGGUGCUCCCAGACUGAGGCACAAUAUUUCAGCUAAGGUGACAAGCCAACAAUUAUUGCCGGGCAUUCCAAAUAGGGUAGAAAAUAAUUACGGAGAUAUAAAAUCGGUAAAAGACCUGAAGGGACCAAAUGUGGAUGCAGUUAAACAUAUAGAACAUUUUAAAAUAUAUUCAUUGCGUUAUGACGCUCCUCCUUUCAGUUAAUUACUCAAACCAGGACAGCAGCGUAGAGCUAUAGCUACCUAUCGCUGCCAGUCACUGUUGGGCUGAGUAUCCGAGAUCCCAUCCUCUGAAAAGCAGUUACCUCACUGCUCACAGUGUUCUUUAUUGCUCUUUUUCAUGCUGUUCCAUGCCUUGUUUUGCAUGGAUUUGUGCCAAUGCCCUGGGUUUGGUACCCUGGUGUGAAAUGGCUGUUUUUAUAGAGCCCAGAGGGGUGCUAUGAUGUCAGCGAGGUGGAAGAGGUGAGGUGAGGUGUUUCUUUUCUAAAUCGCUGGCAGUCACUGUAAAGGGAAGCAGGUAAUCAAUAAAUUCCUGACAGUAUAGCUGAGUUUCGCUGUUGCUGCUACUGUAAAACUUUUCUGACAGUCCUGUCGUUCCGGAGUAGAUCGCACGUGCUGCAUUACCCAAUGAGCACAUGGAAGCCAAUCAGGUGCUCUUCUCCUGGCUGUACGGUCAGCUUUUUAGCUUGAUUAGUUCUGUGUCCUGUGUGGCAUCAUACUUAAUAUGAUCCGACAAUAUUAUAAAUGUAUGAUUGUCAUUUUUGUCUUAAAAAAAAAAAAAAAAAAUCUUUUUUGAAAUGGAUGAAUUAAUUGGAUGAGAAAUACUGUAUGUGGCAUUGCAGGAUGCAGAAUGAUGUGUCAAACUUGUAUUAUUCCUAUCUUUGUUUUUUUUUUUUGUUUUUUUACUGUGCUCAUUCAACACUGGGAGGCACCUGCCACCUUCACGCAGGGGUCUGCACUGCAUGGGUGCCAUUAGCUCCCUGUAGACAUUACAGGGCCGAACUGGGCCGGCGGUGAAUGAAGCAGAGGGGUCUCUGUGUGAGAGACUGCGGGGCUGCAGUCCAGCCAAUAGCAGGCUCUGAAAGACCACGCGAGGAUACGCUAAAAUUGCCCGAGACGCUGUUAAGUCGCCCCUCUCCUCUCCUCUCCGGCUGCGGCCCCCCCACCCCCCCCUCGCCCCCGCCUCGGGGCCCAGCCGAACCACCAGAAGAAUACGGAUGCACUUCUUGGGGUUGGGGGAUGUGGGGAUCUCUCGAAAUAAAAACACGGUGUUCUUUUUUGUUUGUUUUUUUUUUACCUUCUGACAUUGAGUUAUGAGGAAAUGGGUUCUGGCCGGUGGUCCUGACUGUUUGUGGCCGGGGCUACAUCGCCGCUCGGAAAAUGAAUGAUGUCCCCUCAGUAUUUGUGUUGGGGCGUUAUCAAUGUGCAGACCAUAAAUAAUAAUAAUAAAAAAAUACGUAGUGGACUG